GUAGUGGCCAGGCUGGAGGAGAUUAAAUACCAGUCGGACCAUCUUCAUUCCUUGAUUAUCAUCACUGGCCCAAGGUGAGAAUAAACACCAGAAGACCAUGCUCUGCUUCCGGGCAAUCAUGCUGGUGGCCCUGAUCCUGGGUACUUCUGUUCCAUUCACUCAAGCAGGACCCUAUGGCGUGAACAUGGAGAACAGCAUUUGCUGCAAGGACUUUGUUCGGUUCCCCGUGCCUUUGAAGUUCCUGACCAAUUUCCACUUCACCUCCAAAACUUGCCGAAGACAAGGAGUGAUCCUGACAACAGUGAAAGGUCGUGAAAUCUGUGCAGACCCACAGAAACUCUGGGUGAAGCAUGUCCUCAAGCAUCUCUUAGAGAAGAAUUAAGGAAGGUUCCAAACCAGCUAUGGAAGCACCGAGGGCCUCUCUUUCCAGAUGUUGUCCCUAGUCGCCUCCUGCCUAUCCAUUAUGAGGAAUCAAUAUCAAUAGAAUUGCUGCAUACAGUGUUGGGCCAUGCCCAGAAGAUAUAGGCUAAGGUCCACAGGACCCACUCAACCAAUCCGACCUCAAUUUUAAAGUCUUCCAAAUAUAUCUGCCAUUUCCCACUACUCCUCUUGAUUUUUACCCCGCUUCCCCUUCUAUCACCCUUAACCUGGAUGUCCAGGGCCAUCAUAAUCACUACCCUCUUCUCUCCCCAUGCCAAAAUGCCCCACUUCCUAGCCCUUUCCCCUCCAACCUUAUGGCAAGGGUUCUUAAUUUUCAUGUGUGUCCUGGACCUCAUCUCAGUAUGAUGGUUUUAAAUGCACAAAAUAAAGUAUGUAGGAUUACAAAGGAGACCAAUUAUAGUGAAAGAAUUAUCAAAAUAAUUUUUAAAAUAUUCAAAGACUCUAAGUUAAGAACUCUUGCUUCAUAAUAGAAAAUGAUCCCUCCUUCCUUCCCAAAAUCAUUCCCUCACCUGACUAAGCCCUGAAACAGAUGAUUGAAUAAUUAAUGCAUAAGUGUGAAUGACUUAAUGAGAGCUUGAGAUGUUUACAAGAAUGCCACCUCACCUCUCCUCCCACCUCCAGCCAAGAUUUAUAUUUUAAAAGAGGACACUAAUUAAGCCAAAGAAGCAAAUAUCUAAUUGCUGGUUUAUUUUAAGCACCUUAGGCACUUGAAUGGGAGAGAUUUUCUUUUUGAAAGGGUUUGAGUGGAGUUUGACUAGGACCUUUUUGGUCACAGGGUUCAAAUCCUAGUGCCUUCUGGAGGAUCUUAGGGGUCCUAUGACUGAAGAGAGUAAAUGAAAGAAAUAUCAGGGUCUACAAGGGCUCUCUGGGACUGGUUAGGCCCUUCAUGAAGGCCAGAAAGAUAAACUAGAGAGCCAGCACUGAGAUCCUGACUGUGACCUGAAAACAACUAGGAGAAUGACUAGGAAGGGAAAGGUCUAAUUUCAUAGGUUUAUAGGAUUUAGAUCUGAAAAGGACUUUGGAGAUGAUCCAGUCCAUUUUAUAGAUGAAGGUGUUGAUUUUUAGAAAGGUGAAAUGAGCUAGGUUUCAAAUCCCCACCCUCUGAUGCCGUGCUAGAGGUUAAGGCUGGCUCAGCUGGCAGGGCUAGAUGGGCUUUUAUACCCUGCCACUCCUUCAGUGUGUAUUUGGUCAUUACACACAGGCCCCAGCUUACCUUCUUUCUGGUGCUCUCUCCCAGUCCUACCUCUGGUAGUCUUCCUGUAAGAGGCAACCUACAGGGCAGCUAGGUGGCAUGGUGGAUAGAGCACCACGCUUAGAAUUGGGAGGACCUGGAUUCAAAUUUGACUUCAGAAACUUCCUAGCUAUAUAGUCAGAUAGUCACUUAAUUCCAUUUGUCUGACCCUUAUCCUUCUGUCUUAGAAGUAAUAAUAAGGCAGAAAGUAAAAGUGUUUAAAAAAAAAAAAAGAAUCAGUCUACCGUAUUGUUAAGAGCAUUGGAAUCAGAAGACCUGAAUUUGAACCUUGGAUUCAGUGCUUAUUAGCUACGUGAUCCUGAGCAAAUCACUGACUCUUUAAGUUUCCUCAGCUAUAAAAAUGGAGAUAAUGAAGUCUGCACUGCCUAGUUCACAGGGCUGUUGUGAGAAAGGCACUUUGUAAACCUUAGAGCACUAUAGGAAUGGCUGUUGAUAUAGUACCUUCCUGCCAAAUGGCUGCCCUGCUCUCUCCCUUCUCCAUCGCUCAUUCUUGGAAUGGUCCCAAUCCCCUCACACCCACCUUUUCAUCCAUCUCUUUUUUCCAAGACCCAGCUCAGGUGCCAGCUCCUUCAACAAGACCUUCGAUUCCCCAGCAAAAAAAUUCGUUUCCUGAAUCUCUCUUGAAAGAUCGAAUGCACUUAUUACAACUGAUAUUAGAGUUGUCUGUGUUCUGGCUUAUUUCUCACCUUCCUUCCCGUCCCCACUCCUAUGUGUUCUCCACCAGAUGAUAAAGUCCUUGACAGAACUAGAAGUAAAAAGCUUAGGAAUGCAGUGCUGGUCCUUGCUUGUAUUCAGUGAGUUGUGUUCUUGGGAAAGGUGGGGUUGAUUAGAAUCACAGAAUUUCUGGGCUGGAAGCAAUCUUAAAGACUGUAUAAUGCAACUCUUUCAUUUAAUAGGUGAGGAAAUUGAGACCCCAGUAGUAAAGUGACUUAUCUAAAGUCACAUAGAUAGUGCGUAGCAGAAUAGGGAUUUGAACCUAAGACCUCUGACUCCAAAUCCAACCUUCUCAUAGCUCCCCUUCAGUUUACAGAGGAGGAAAUUGAGGCCCAGUGAGGCUUAAUGGCUUUUCCAAAAUCAGAUAUGAAAUUAGUGGUAGAGCUGGAGUUUGAAUCUCACUAUGUGGAAUAGUAGAAAGAAUGCUGGACUUGGAGUAUGGAAACUCAAGUUCAAAUCCUGCCUCUAACAUUUACUAGCUGUUUGACCUUGAGUAAGAAACUUUUUUUUUUAACCCUUACCUUCCAUCCUGGAAUCAAUACUGUGUAUUGGUUCCAAGGCAGAAGAGUGGUAAGGACUAGGCAAUGGGGGUUAAGUGACUUGCUCAGGGUCACACAGCUGGGAAGUGUCUGAGGCCAGAUUUGAACCCAGAACCUCCCAUCUCAGCCUGACCACCCCCCCACUGAGUCACCCAGCUGCCCCCGUGAGAAAAAUUUUUUAAAUUCAACUUUAUUUUGUUUUCAGCUCUAAAUUAUCUUCCUCCCACCUCCUUCCCUUUUUCUGAGAAAGAUUAGCAAAACCCAUGACAAACAUGGAUAGUUAAGCCAAACAAAUUCCUGUAUCAGCUAUUAGCUAAGCAUACGCACUCAAAUACAAAUAGCUACAUAUAUAGAAAUCCAUAUAUAUCAACCUGCCCUCUGAGUCACUCACCUGCGCCUCUCUAUCUUGGGCAAACAGCAUGUUUCAUAAUGAUUCCUCUGGAACUGUAUCUUAUCACUGCACUGAUCCGAGUUCUUAAAUCUUUCAAAAUUGUUUAUCUUUACAGGAGUUGUAGUAAUUAUAUAAAUUGUUUUCCUGUUUCUGCUCACUUUACUUCAUGUCAGUUCAUACAAGUCUUCUCAGGUUUCUCUGAUACAUCCCUGAGUAAGAUACUUAACACCUCAGUGCCUCAGUUUCUUCAUCUGUAAAAUGAAG